GGGACGAUGACACAGGCAGUCUCACACAGCAUGAUGACAUUCAAGGUGGCUUCUCUCAUCUCUUUGCUGUUUUACACCAGCACUGGUUGGCCUACACACACAGUUUGCAAGAGUAACCAUUUGGAAGUAUAUUACACGAGCUGCGAUCCAUUGCAAGACUUUGCUUUCACUCUUGACAGUUGUUCUGGUCUGACCAGUGAAAGUGUUACCAUCAGGGCAGCAACAGUUUUAAGAUAUAGCAUCAAGGAACUCUUUGUAACAGUAAGUCUCACCAUGACUAGCAAGAGCAUGCCGGUGUUUUCAAAACAACUCUGUGAGCGCGAUCAUCCAAACUUGAGUUUCUGUGGAAAAAAGAAAGGAGAACAUAUCUACUAUGAAGGGGCUAUUGCAACCAAUAUCCACACCAUCCCUCAAGGAGACUUUAAUGUAACAGUAGAGUUAUUUAAUGAAGACUGGCGCACCGUUGCUUGUACUAAUUUCACCAUAAUGAGCCACUGAGACAUCACCGCAUCAGCUGAAAGUUUGGGGUUUUUUAAAGAGAAAAACUACACUGUUGUGGUGUGAAAAUAACAGAACACAGAGGUUUAGGAACAAUUACUGCUUAAGUUCAAUUGCUUUUAAGGAAGCUGUAAAAUCCUUAUGUGUUAAUUUGUUCUUCCAGAUUCACUGCAGUAUAUUUAGCUUUAGUUUCCUAACACUCUGGUUCUUUUGAUUAGAUUUUUUUUGUUUAAGCGCAGCCAUGUGGCAAGUCCAUUAACAGUCAUGAUUCUUACAAGACAGAUCUGGACUUGCCUUCAGACUGGAAUUGGCCCGCAUUGGUUGCAAAGCAUCGUGCAGUAAAGAGCUAAGAUAUGCAUUUGUUCUGGAA